AUGUUAAAAAUGACAGAAGAGCACGACAAGUGUGUGAGCGAGCAGCCGUGCAGCCCGUCCGGGACCAACAGCUCGAUGUCCCAGGAUGAGUCUGACUCCGAUGCUCCGUCCUCACCGACCGGCUCCGACGGCCAUGGAUCACUGCUGGCCGGUUUGAGCAAGAAGCUGGACUCGGAGGACGACGAGCGUUUCCCAGCCUGCAUUCGGGACGCGGUCUCUCAGGUCCUUAAGGGAUAUGAUUGGUCCUUGGUGCCCAUGCCCGUGAGAGGGAACGGAUCUCUGAAGAGCAAACCGCACGUCAAGAGACCCAUGAACGCGUUUAUGGUGUGGGCGCAGGCGGCCCGCAGGAAGCUGGCAGACCAGUAUCCUCACCUGCACAACGCGGAGCUCAGCAAGACGUUGGGAAAACUCUGGCGUUUGCUUUCAGAGAGUGAGAAGAGGCCAUUUGUUGAUGAAGCAGAGAGACUCCGUGUUCAGCACAAAAAAGAUCAUCCAGACUACAAGUACCAGCCCCGACGGAGGAAGAACGUGAAACCGGGCCAGAGUGACUCAGAGUCCGGGGCUGAGAUGGCUCAUCACAUGUACAAAUCUGAGCCUGGGAUGGGAGGAAUGGCAGGAAUGACUGACGGACACCACCACCCUGACCACGCAGGGCAGCCCCACGGUCCACCCACUCCACCCACAACCCCCAAAACAGAUCUGCACCACGGUGUGAAGCAGGACCUGAAGCACGAAGGCCGUCGUCUAAUUGACAGCAGCCGGCAAAACAUUGACUUCAGCAAUGUAGACAUCUCUGAGCUCAGCACUGAUGUCAUCAGCAAUAUGGAGACCUUCGACGUUCACGAGUUUGACCAGUACCUUCCGCUCAACGGUCAUACCCCAGGCUCCGCUGCCCUGUCCUCAGAUCACGGUCAUGGGCCGGUUCCAGUGCCUGGCAGCUCCUACCCCGCCUCGUACGGCCACGCCGGCAGCAACGGCUCCUCUUGGAGCCGAAAGAGCACAAUGUCUUCUUCCUCCUCCUCCACCAGCGAGGUGGGCCAGCACCGUCUUCACAUCAAAACGGAGCAGCUGAGUCCCAGCCACUACAGCGAGCACUCCCACGGCUCGCCGUCGCACUCCGACUACGGCUCCUACAGCAGCCAGGCUUGCGUCACCUCGGCCACAUCGGCUCCCUCAGCUGCAUCCUCUUUCACCAGCUCCCAGUGUGACUAUACUGACCUCCAGAGCUCCAGCUACUACAACCGUUACUCCGGCUACCCCUCUAGCAUCUACCAGUACCCCUACCUUCAUUCAACUCGGCCCUACAGCAGCACCAUCCUAAAUAGUCUGUCCAUGGCUCCAACUCACAGCCCCACUUCCUCCAGCUGGGACCAGCCUGUCUAUACCACUCUGUCUCGACCUUGAGGAAAACACCCGAUUUAAGCAGGGACUCAUUCAGUUUGAUGCACUACGAAUAAAGGACAUAAGGAAGGAGCGUGAAAUAAACUCAAGAAAAAGUGCCUGCUGAUUUUAUACAAAGUUAUAUUGUUGCUAUUGGAAAAAAAAGCAAAAAAAAAAAAAACAACACUCUUGUACAGUCACACGAGAAGUUGUGUUGGUGAGCCGAACUCCUCCGUGAGGACUAACGCCUACAUCCUGUACAUCCCCUUUCUUUUUAGCCUGCAUUUACGUGCACAGUUGAGGUAAAACAAGGACCUGCUACUGAAUUUCAGGACUGAAACAGUUUGACUAACUGUACAGAAAGUAGACGGGACCAGUUUUGUGAAGUCAAAUGAAAUGGAUUGUCAGAGUUUUAUUGCCGGGCACUAUUUGCAUCGGUGGUUCAGUCUUAAGUAAAUGUCUCUUAUGAUUCUAGUGUCAUUUUAGCAUAAAAGUCUUAUAUGUAUUUAUGUUCAUGCAUUAAUGUUUUUUUUUAAGCAAAACUUUCAUUUGACUACAGCUUUUAUUUUGAAAAAAAAGUACAGUUUUGAUGUUAUUCCAAUUUCCAGAAACAUCUCCAUUCCAAGUUUUUAAACAGACAUGACCAACAGAAGUGCAGAACAGGUGCCUGAAAUUUAUGCUUGUCAAAUCGCGAUUAGUCAUGAUCUGGGCUUAAAGGAAAUGGGGUAAAGUAACACCACAAACUCUGACUGACAUGUCAGCUGGAUGCUCUGUACGCGCCGAUGGACAACCCAAGAAUAUGCAUGUACAUGUGCGAACCAUUUCUCUGGGAAAGGGAUCCUGCGACAUAAUGUAAACCGAAUGCUACAAAUAUCUCUUCCCCUCAAAGGGGGUUAAAAGUGAAAUGAAGUGUAUUUUUUCCCCCAUUUUAAUCUCAUCAACCAUCAAGUGCCAACUCAUUGCUUACAUAAAACAUUUUUGUGCCUUCUAACGCUUAUUGUCAGUAUUUUUGAAAUGAAGUUAAAUAAUUAACAAAUAUCAGGCAUCCAUGUCAGAGACUGUGAUGGUUAACUUACUUCUCAUUAUGUCCUUAAUUUGAUCUCAUCAUUCCUUACAGCCUUUAUUUGCAAUGUUCUGUGACACACUAAAUGAGAAAUGUGCAGAGCACCAUCUGCCAAGUUUGGUCCACAGAACUGUGGUUUGUAUAUCAUUAUGUUGUAUAAUUUGAGAGGGGCUGUGAAAACGAUUGUUGUUCUGUUAACUAUAAUUACACUUGCACAGCUAACCCAUCCGCUGGUCUUUUUUUUUUUUUUUUUCAAAGAAAUAAAUAAAAGAUACUUUUUUGUGAUGUUUAUAUCUGUUGUUCUUAUUUACAUUUACUCUGGUAUUUAUUUGAAACUAGACAAAUAUUCCGACAGUGAAAUUGAUUCUUCUAAACUUAUUUUUGGAAGCUAUUUGUUUUAUCGCCUAUACAUAUUGAUCGUCAAAUGCAAAAUUCAUUUUUUGUUCUGCUUAAUUCUUCUGACCUUUCAAUGAUUUUACUUGCCAUUCUUUUUAAGCUCUGGUAUAUCUAUCAAAAUAGCUGCAUUUUUUUUUCCACUAAAGCAGCCGAAAGAAAAGGAAUGAGAAGAGAUCCCAUCUCCGCUGGUCUGGUGGGUAGAAUGCUCAAGUUUGCCCUGGCAUGCAUGCCAAGCAUCCGUCCCUAACCAGUCCAGAGAGGAGCCAAGUGCCAGGGCCGCGCUGCUGAAUUUUAAUGAUUCAUUAUGCUGUGGAGGGGCCCCAUUGUGUCCCUUUAUCCGGAGAGCUAGAAAGGAAUUAAUUGGACAGAAAAUGCAAGGGGCAACGGGAACUGACAAGCCAUUAAGAGGGUCCUGAAUGGAUGAUUAGAUGCACAUGGGGGAGGAUCCCCCUCCCGGCCUGUCUCAUAUCACGGCACUACACAAAAAAAAACAAAAA